AUGACUGCAGCAGUGAAAAAUGCCGAUGCUAUUGUUAGAGGUAAUCUUCGUUGUUGUCGACUACGUAGAUGGACUGGAUAUGAUGGAUUUGGCUUUAGUGUGAAAAGAGUAUCACCUCCACCACAUGUAAUCGAAUAUGUUGAGUCCAAUAGUCCAGCAGCUGCUAGUGGCCUCAAUGGAAACGAUGCGGUGCUUGCUGUUAAUGAUAAAGAUAUGACGCAUACUAGUUACGAUGAGCUAACAACUGCUUUAAAAAAAACACGAGAUAGUGAUAAUUAUGUGGACUUGCUGGUUAUUAAUGAGAAAAUUUAUCGAAGAUUACAAAAAAAGAAUCAAUUGAUUAACCCUAGACACGCAACGAUAAUUGAAACGCCACGUACAAUGCCCAUUGAUUAUAAAGACUUUAAAACACAAGAAUUAUUUACAUCAGAGUCGUCCAUUUCUGAUGAUGAUGAUGAUGAUGAUGAUGGAUCCGAAAUCGAUAUUGAUGCAUUCGUCUCUGUCAAUGCUGGCUAUGGCGAGGAUGACAUUUCUCAAUCAGAUGUAAUUGUUGUCUGCUCAUCGUCACAGUAUCUAUUUAAAAGCAUUUGCAAAGCUGGUGGUGAUUCUGUGUCAACUUCAUACAAUCAACAAAUCAGUGAAAACCCUGAUGCGCCCAUAAUCAUCGUUGCAACAGCUGGAGGAAUCGCAUCGAAGAAAAUUUACUUUCUUCCAUGGAAAGCCGAUUCCGACGAAUAUGUCCUCUGUAAAUCUAUAAAAAGAUUUGUUUCGCUUGCAUUAAAAAAGGCAAUCGAGCAAAACUAUCGACGUAUUGCGUUCCCAGCAAUUGGAUGUGGCCAAUUUGGUUGCUCAAUCAGUCUCGUUGCAGAUGCCAUGGUGGGAGAAGUUCAUCGUAAAUCCAGAAUACAUGACAUUUCCGUUACAUUCGUAAUACAGCCAGAUAGAAAAGAUAUCUAUGAUGAAUUUAAAAAGCAAAUUGAUUUAUUAGAGUCACCAUCACCAUCUAGUAAACUGCGAAUAAUAUGCGCAAAAUUUGGGGAAGGAGACAUUGAAGUUGAAAUGGGGGACAUAACAAAACAGAAGGUAUUUCAAAGAAGAUGA